UUUAACCUAAACGGACGUACGCAUCUCGAUUUGAGGUUCUCGUUAUGUUUACUAACACUUAAAAAACAUUAUUGUAUUUAUUUUAUAACUAGUGCUGGUUCGUAACAAAUCAUAAAAUUUGAAAACAAAUUCUAAAAACUCAUCAUCAUGGAAAACAAACACCAAAAAAUGCCCAAAGUGGCAAAGGUAAAAAAUAAAGCGCCGGCAGAAAUCCAGAUAACAGCUGAACAACUGUUACGAGAAGCCAAAGAAAGAGAUUUGGAAAUCUUACCGCCACCACCCAAACAAAAAAUCUCUGAUCCAACUGAAUUGGCAGACUAUCAGUUGCGCAGAAGAAAACAAUUUGAAGACAACAUCCGUAAAAAUCGUACUGUAAUAUCCAACUGGAUAAAGUAUGCACAAUGGGAGGAAUCACAGAAAGAAAUUCAGAGGGCCAGAUCAAUUUACGAGAGAGCAUUAGAUGUGGACCACAGAAAUAUAACGAUAUGGCUGAAGUACACAGAAAUGGAAAUGAGAAACAGGCAGGUGAAUCAUGCCAGAAAUUUGUGGGACAGAGCAGUCACUAUAUUACCAAGGGUCAACCAGUUCUGGUAUAAAUACACUUACAUGGAGGAAAUGUUGGAGAACAUUCCUGGAGCAAGGGCUGUUUUUGAAAGGUGGAUGGAAUGGCAGCCUGAUGAACAAGCGUGGCAAACAUAUAUUAACUUUGAACUAAGGUAUAAAGAGUUGGAUAGAGCUAGGGAAAUAUAUGAGAGAUUUGUUAUAACACAUCCAGAAGUCAAACACUGGAUUAAAUAUGCCAGGUUUGAGGAAAAUCAUUCAUUUAUUCAUUCAGCUAGGCAGAUAUUUGAAAGGGCUGUGCAGUUUUAUGGUGAUGAUCAUCUGGAUGAGAAACUAUUCAUUGCUUUUGCAAAGUUUGAGGAAAACCAAAAAGAACAUGACAGGGCUAGAGUGAUUUAUAAAUAUGCUCUGGAUCACAUUCCUAAAGAACAGGCUAAAGAAUUGUAUAAAGCUUAUACAAUACAUGAGAAGAAAUAUGGUGACAGAAGUGGAAUUGAGGAAGUCAUUGUCUCUAAAAGGAAAUUUCAGUAUGAACAGGAAAUUCAUGAAAAUCCUACCAAUUAUGAUGCUUGGUUUGAUUAUAUUAGAUUAGUUGAAGGUGAAGGUGAUUUUGAAAAUACCAGGGAAACAUAUGAAAGAGCUAUAGCAAAUAUUCCACCUUCAAAAAAUAAACAUUUCUGGAGGAGGUACAUUUAUCUGUGGAUAAACUAUGCAAUUUUUGAAGAACUCGAAGCUAAAGACUAUGAAAGAACCAGACAAGUUUACAAAGCAUGUCUUGAAUUACUACCUCAUAAAGUUUUCACAUUUUCGAAAGUCUGGCUUAUGUAUGCGAAAUUCGAAAUCCGACAAAAGAAUUUAACUACUGCACGUAAAAUAUUGGGUAUGUCCAUUGGGAUGUGUCCCACAGAUAAAUUGUUCAGAGGCUACAUAGAACUGGAAAUCCAAUUGAGGGAGUUUGACAGGUGUAGAAGGUUGUAUGAAAAGUUUUUAGAAUAUGGACCGGAAAGUUCCGUAACUUGGGUGAAGUUCGCCGAAUUAGAAACGCUUUUGGGCGAUAUAGACAGAGCCAGAGCUAUUUAUGAGCUGGCAAUAAAUCAACCACGUUUGAAUAUGCCUGAACUCUUGUGGAAGGGGUAUAUAGACUUUGAAAAAUCUCAGGAAGAACCUGAAAAUGCGCGGAAGUUGUAUGAAAGGUUAUUGGAGAGAACUUCACAUGUUAAAGUAUGGCUGUCCUAUGCUGAAUUCGAGUUUAACAACCAUGCUGAUGGCGAUAUGAAUGUUGCAUUGGCUAGAAGGAUAUUUGAAAGAGCCAAUGAAACUCUUAAGAACUCCAGUGAAAAGGAAUCUAGAGUUUUACUAUUAGAAAACUGGCGGGAGUUUGAAAACACGCACGGGGACGAAACUAGUAAGGAGAAAGUUAACAGUAAAAUGCCCAGGAGGAUUAAGAAGAGACAGAAGAUUAUUGAUGAGGAUGGUUAUGAUCAAGGUUUUGAGGAAGUGUUUGAUUACAUCUUCCCUGAGGAUGAAGCUAGCAGACCUAACUUGAAACUUUUGGCUGCUGCCAAGAACUGGAAAAAACAGGUCACUGAAGAAGUUCCACAAGACAAACCUGAAGAAGAUAGGGAAUCAUAGUAAUUUAUAGUUUUACUCAUUUUUGUAAAUAUCAUUUAAGUAUUAAAUUGAAGAAAUAAAAUUAAUAAUUCCUCGUUUUUAAUACCUGAAAAA